AUGGAUUGCUUCAUUCCUCCACAAACCCACCCCCCAUUAUCCUCUCCUAAAACCCCAUCACACACCCGGCAACCCACAUCCCUAACUGACCAACUAACCCUCCUCCUCUGUAUAGAAGACCAACGCUCAAUAGCGAACCGCCUCGCCGCCUCAGGCCCACAAAACACCCCGUCCAACGCCUCGGACAACUCCAGCUCCGGCAAGCCCAAGAGCGCCGAGACACGGGCCGCCGAAGUCGACGCCACGGCGCCCGCCCGCAUGCACGGCAACGAGCCCAGCCGCGGGGCCCAAAUCGACAAGGAACUGCAGGACGAGGAGGCCGCGAUCCUGGCCAAGAAGGACGCCGCCAAGGGCGGGAACCACAAAGGUGGCACGGGCGAUGUCGCGGGGAAGAAGAACUGA